CGUUACCCCCUCAUUAGGCUCAUCCCUCGAGUCUACACUUCGGCAUCUGCAUUGUACGCAACACUUUGACUACAGUUGACAUCAGUGUCGAGGUAUAAACAAACACCGCUAGCUGAGUGAGUGAGUGACUGCUAGUUUUUGUCUUGGCGAGUUGAGUAGCCUACAUUUUCUCAAAUUCAUUAGUUUGAGUUUAGGUUCUUCAGAGAGUAGGCUAACAGGUGCGGCAGCGGUCACCGAGUCAAGUUUAUUGCCAAGUCAGCUUGCCAUUAAGUAAAAAAAAAAAUGGCAAACUCGGGUGUUCAGUUGCUUGGAUUUGGUCUCUCUCUGGUCGGCAUCAUUGGACUGAUCGUGGGCACCAUCCUCCCGCAGUGGAAGAUGUCCGCGUACGUGGGGGACAGUAUUAUCACGGCAGUGGCUACUUACCAGGGACUGUGGAUGUCCUGCGCGUUUCAGAGCACCGGACAGCUUCAGUGCAAAAUCUACGAUUCCAUUCUACACUUAGACAGUGAUCUUCAAGCGACCCGUGCUUUGAUGAUAGUGGGUAUUAUUGUGUCCAUUGCCGGUCUUGGUGUGGCCUGCAUGGGCAUGAAAUGUACCACUUGCGGAGCCGAUGACAACGUUCGCAAGUCUCGCACGGCUGUGACGGGAGGCAUCAUACUGCUUGUGGGAGCCCUCUGCGCAGUUGUCGCCUGCUCGUGGUUUGCCCACAAUGUGAUCCGAGCCUUCUACAACCCCUUCACUCCAGUGAACACCAAGUUUGAGUUUGGAGCAGCUAUUUUCAUUGCUUGGGCUGGGUCAUUUCUUGAUGUUCUCGGUGGAGCCAUGUUGGCUGCCUCCUGCAGUCGAAGUAAACAAGUGUCAAAAUAUCCUAAAAGUAACUCUGCACGCUCUGCCAACAGCAGCAACAAAGAGUAUGUGUGACCAAGACUGCCUCUCACUGGACAGACACUGCACUGCAGCAACUUCAUAAGGUGAAGAAUUUCUUCAACAGAAUAAUGAACUCGAAGGAAAUGAGGUUAAAAUGCUGAAACUGAGAAAGAAAGCAGUUUACAAACUGUCUAAUGUCCCAUAAUAAAAAGGGCAACCAGUUGUCCAAAAGUUAAAGUAAAAACAAAAUAGAUAAUACAUUUACAAGCUCUCUGGGAGUUUUGACAUGGAGGAUUGUAGAAAUCUAGUGCCAGUAAAAAUACUCACAGCCUGCUUUGAAGACCUCAGUGUUCCAAUGAAGUAAACAACUAGGUUGUUUUCUCUAUGUGAAAGAAAAGAAACUUGGAUAGUGGCUCAUAUAUGUUGGCGUUUCCAAAGUGUCCACUAGGGAGCACUAUAACCAACACAGUGAGCAGGUGUCGUCCAAAAUGGAGGAAGAUUUUUAAGAUUUGCUUUUGUUGAUUUGCUUUUAGAGUAUUUAUCCUAACAGCAGCUGAAAUGCUAACAUGAUUAAUACUCAUCUGAGUCACCCUUAUGUAAUUUCAUGUAAUUGCAGUAUUUUACAUAUGGUACAGCAGGAUCCUGAACAUUUUUUUUUUUUUUCAUUUGCUUAACACAUUAACUCAUGGCUUGUGUUAUGCCACAUCAUGUUAAUUUUUACCAUCCAUGAGUCCUUCUGAAUAUCUUUUACUUAAAAAUGUUUCUUAAUAAUGUCAGUGUUAGUUAGAUAUCAUUUAUGUAUUUGUUUUACAUGCUUAUUUUCAAUAAAGUGUGCUUGGUUGAAAAGGACAA